GAACUAUCCGAGAAUUCCCUCCUGUCUGUCUGUGCUCUGUGAUGAAAUAAUAUUUAUCGUUAAUGUUAAUGCUUCCAUUGCCAACUUGAAACUGUAGUAAUCGAUUAUGGCAGGAACUUGCAAUGUGUCCAUUCGCAGUAAUGGACAGUUGAGCCCCACCAUUGAUUGUUCUUGCACUUAACCAUGGUAGCUAUUUACUACAUCCGCCUGUGUCAAAAUGGCAGUAAGCCCAGAACGUGCAUUUUAUGCCGCCUGUGUCUCUAACGCCACACUACAACACAUGAUUCCCCCCACAGUCACCCUCCCUUCGUCCUUUUCCCUGUUUUCCAGCCUGAUGUGUGCGCCGUGUUCAGCCACUGAGGCAGAAAGGUGCACGCCGUCAUGGCAACAAGUCUCAUGUUGUGCCCCCACCCCCCACCCUCCUGCCCCCUUGUUUCCUCAUCAAGGACACUGCCGUGGCUUUCUCUGCUGGAUAAAUGAAGCAAGAUGUUCUCGCAUGACUAAAGAGUAACACACGUCAUCACUCAUUCAGGGGGUGCAGUGGGGGUGCAAGGCUGGCGCCUGUCUCUUUAAAUGGGGGGAGUCCGCCCCAUUUUGCCUUCAUCAGAGCUGUUGCAGUGACAGCUUGUGUUACCAUGGUAUCUAUCCCAUCCUCCCCUCUGCACUGCGCAAGGCCUGUUUCUAUGGCAGCAGGCCUGAGUGACAGCUGGCCCUCACAAAGCUAUGGCGUCUUAAGUGCCCCCCCGAGUCCUUCCUCAGUGGACCUCUGCAGCCUAUGGGGGUUAGCCAGACGCCUCCUCUUGACUCUGCUUUGCUCUUUGUCCGUCCACUGCCUUCAUUUAAAAGAAGACGUGUUGGAAAAAGGUUCCAUACUGAGAAAAAGGACAAAGCAGCUCUUUGGAGUGUUGGGAGAGGAAAACAGCAUCAUGUCCUUUCCACGUCCCCUCUAGUCUGCGCCGGGAUGACCAGCUGUUGGCUAAUGCAGCGUGUGUGUGUGUGUCCGCGGUUACACAUGCGCGUGCACAGUGAUGGAGUACGUAGUGUUGCCAUGGCAGCGAGGGGCAGUUCUUUUGAGUGAAGGCGUUGCCUCCGGCUGCUGCUCUUCAUUAGUCCCAUUUGGUCCUUCUCUCCACAUCAGCCUUGUUUGCAUUGAUACAUUCUCAUCUGCUCUCUAACAAAUAGUGCUGAGCAAUUAUUUACAACCUCUUCUUCUGACUGGCUGCACCUCUUCUACAUAAGAUCUUUUCCUGCCUUCUUUACGCAGACAUCCCAAGCAUGGAGACAUAAAUGAUACAAACCCUCAAGCCGUGCACAUAUUCAAAUAUUCCUCCCUCCUCACUGCACAACUUGGCUUACCUGUUUGCAUUGCAGUUUAGUGACAAAUAAAAUAAAAGCACCUGCAAAUUCUUUAUUUUUACUGACCUUUUUCCUUCUAGUUGUUUUAACAUGGGGAAAUGUAAAUUCAGUAAACAUAAAGAUAUGGAUAUGAGUAAUGACAUUUAAUUAGGGUUUCAUUCCAUUUAGUUUGUGCAAGUCUACUAAAUGAAAGAUAUAUUGACCCUCUAAUGUUGGGGUGCUCACAGUUUUUGAGCCUGCGAAGUACAUUUAAAAUGACCAGGUCCCAAAGAUCUACCUCCUACUAUGAAAUAAACACAAAACAAAUGUGUAAUAUAUUUAGUAUAUUUAUAAAUGAAUGUUUGUUUGUUUUACAAAUAUAUCAGGGGUGUACACUCUUUUUCAGCAUGCAAGUUACAAGUCGACGUGUACUAUAAAACCUAUAUAAAAUCUAACCGGUAAACUUUGAAACUACUAUUCUAAAUACUAAUAUUUAGUAUUUCACAAGUUUAUAGGUCAUCAGUAGUUAAUUCACAAUUCAAUUCAAUAUGGCAAUAAAGGUAAUUACACAUAAUUGCUCUGUAGUUGUGUACUUAAUCUGUCCUGUCACAAUAAUCGAUUGGUUAAAAAAAAAAAAAGGUCUAAUUAUAACACCCACGGUAACUCAACAUUUGCAUGUUUGCGUGUCUGCUCGUCUUUGUGCCACACAGGCUGGAUGACAAGAGGGUUCACUGAGCAUUGGUUCUAUAGUGGAAUGAACGGAGACACUGGGCUCUCAUCUCAUUCAGCCUUGAGGCGGGACUACUAGCUACUACCCUAGCAGCAGUUAGCUUUGUGAGCCAGCGUACACAUGAAUGAUGGCACAAAAGCUGUGGCAAAUGCCACAGCCACAGUGUGGGAAUAUUUCUGAGUUUUCUUGAGUUUGCUCAACUGGGGAAAAAAAACUACCAAUGGAGGUGCUCAGGCAGCAGAGCCUUUGUCCCGACAGUCAAAGCUUACUGAGGCGUUUGGUCGGCAAAUGCAAAAUGGGGUGCACUCACAGACUGUGUUGCUGGCAAAAACAUACAUACUUGUACAGGCAACUUGUGUGUCAAGCUAAUGUCUCACACAGAUACACCGUACACUAUAAUUGAGUACCAUCUAGUGGUUCAAAUGUGAAUUACACCUCUUUAAAAAUAACAAAAAAAUUGCCUCAAAAAAUGUUGCCGAUAAUAUAGAUGAUAAUUUGUAGCACAAUUAUCGACAAGCUAAAUUUGUUAUGGUGACAUGUCAGUCAGAAUAGCUCCGUAGCCUUCAUUAGACACUCAGCUCAUAUAUUACAUCCAGUUAGCAUGAUGAUGAUGCUAUCAAACAUUCCAGAUAUACAAGGAAUGAAGAUGAUUAUGUAAAAGACAAUGCAGCUGAAGUCAAGGCAACAUACUAAAAAGCUUUCAGCACUGGGCACGUUUUUCAAUUCAUCAUGAAAUAAUAGUUUAAGAAAUGGAAGUGUAGAGAAGACACACAUUUCUAUAGUGGAGUUCAGGAGAAGAAGCAUAGCCAUCAAACAAUUCACUUUUUCUACAUACAUAGCCGCUACAAGGGAACGGAUAACAUUAGUUAUGUACAGGCAUCUUCAUGCUGAGUUAGUUUAACCAUAAUCAGAAUAAUAAAGAUGAAAGUUACAUCGCUCUGCGUAGCUUGAGAUGUCUGUUGACCACUUUUCACCACUUUGCCGCUGGGGAGCACCAGCGAAUCAGGAGGGGAGCCUAAUGUCAGCUGACUGAUAUCAUAUGACAUCUACAAAUUGACAUUUAUGCGAUGGACCCUACCCUACCUGGGCACCCCUGCUUUAAUGUAUUUAGAGGAUUGUACAUGCAGACCAACAGAUUGUAAUUCCUCCUUUCUGCUGUAUCUAUUCCUAGUAUAAUUUAUAAGCUUUUUGUGAAAUCAGAGCUGGUAAACAGAAUAAAACUAGCCGACGUAUUCUAUCCAGCAGAGAGCAUAUGUGACAAAAGCCUACCAAUCACGUCCUUAGUUCAUGCAUGUGUUUUCACUGUGUGAACAACUGCUCCAAAAUGCAUACAAUGUGUCUUGUUUUUCAUUUUUUUGUUGUUGUUGUUUUUUUUACAUUUUUAGUCUGGACUGGAGUACUGAACCACAGGUGUGAACGCAGCCUUCCCAAACAGGAGGAGUUAUGAUUUUAAGAUCAAUGAGCCAUUAAACAACUGUCAGGCAGCUAAGAAAUAUGAUGAACAAAAUAAGAUUGGGGUCAAUACAGUACGCCAAACUUCAGCCGGUCAAAGCAUUUUUGUGUUUUUACCAGAGCUGCAAAUGUUAUUGUUUGCACUAGUCAUUCUGUAUUUGCAGAGUGCGGUAUAUGAGAUACAUUGUAUAUGAGGUACAUGAGUGAUGCCACAAUCCAUAACUAGAAAGUUGUUACAUUUAGUUAUUGGUUGAAAGGUUAAGCACCUGGUAUGUUCCUUUUCUUUUCAUUUCUUUUUUCUCAACUCUCCUUCCUUCUCGUGUCUUUCAUGCCAUUGACAGUUAGGAGCGACUGGCCUGUGUGGCAGUUAAUCAGUAUUGUAGACACACAACACAAAAUUUGCACACACACACACACCUUAGAAUGGUUCCGCCUCCCGACCUCAUGCAUGCACUUAUAUUUUCACUUUGACGGGACAUACUUGAGCGGCAGUGCAGAGUGCAGGAAGUGUCGAAGGCCGCCUUUUUCACACAGUGUUCCACGAGGGCUCAAGGCAGACCAGAAUCGGUGGAGGCCAGCCCUGUGGUGGUAGAAAAGUCCAGCUACCCACAUCAGAUCUACAGCAGCAGUUCUCACCAUUCCCACAGUUACAUCGGCCUGCCAUAUGCUGACCAUAACUAUGGGGCGCGGCCCCCGCCCACGCCGCCGGCCUCCCCUCCCCCCUCCAUGUUGAUCCGGCAAGGAGAUGGGGGGUUGUUUGUUCCGGGGGGCCAGGACGAAGCAUCUACAGGCACCACGCUCAGCACCUCCGAGGAUGGCAGCUACGGGGCCGACAUCACCCGCUGCAUCUGCGGCUUCACCCAUGACGACGGCUACAUGAUCUGCUGUGACAAGUGCAGCGCCUGGCAGCACAUUGACUGCAUGGGCAUCGACAGGCAGAACAUUCCUGAGACGUACCUGUGCGAACGCUGCCAACCGCGACACCUGGACCGAGAGACAGCCAUCUUGCUGCAGACAAGAAAAAGAGAAUGUUUGUCAGUAGACGGGGACACCAGUGCUACAGAGAGUGGAGAUGAGGUGCCUCUGGAGCUCUACUCCACCUUCCAACACACGCCUACCACCAUCACCCUCACCACUGGGCGCCUUGGCAAUAAGCAGGCAGACAAGAAGCGCAAAAAGAGCGGUGAAAAGGAGUCCCCAGCAUCAUCUGCCCGAGCUAAGAAGGCCUUCAGAGAGGGCUCCAGGAAGUCCUCAAGAGUAAAGGGUGCAGCUCCAGAGCAGGACCCGACCGAGCACCCGUCUCUGUGGGAGAAUAAAAUUAAGGUGUGGAUGGAGCGCUAUGAGGAGGCUAGCAGCAACCAGUACAGCGAGGAUGUCCAGGUGCUGCUCCGCGUCAAGGAGCAAGGCGACGGAAAGAGCCUGGCCUACAAUACACACCUGGCCUCCUUCAAACCCCCCGUGGAGAGUCAAGUUCAGAAGAAUAAGAAAAUCCUUAAGGCCGUAAGGGACUUGGCUCCAGAUUCCCUCAUCAUUGAGUAUAGGGGCAAGUUUAUGCUUCGACAGCAGUUCGAAGCCAAUGGGUACUUCUUCAAGAGACCAUACCCCUUUGUGUUAUUUUACUCCAAAUUUGAUGGGUUGGAGAUGUGCGUGGACGCUCGCAGCUUUGGCAACGAGGCGCGCUUCAUCCGCCGCUCCUGCACACCCAACGCUGAGGUGCGGCACGUCAUUGAGGACGGCAUGUUGCACUUAUACAUUUACUCGCUGAGGCCCAUUUCCAAAGGCGCAGAGAUCACCAUUGGUUUUGAUUUUGACUAUGGCAACUGCAAAUACAAGGUGGACUGUGCCUGCGUGAAGGGCAACCCGGAGUGCCCGGUUCUCAAGCACAACCUGGAGCCCACCGAAAAUCUGGGCACCGGAGGCCGACGCCGGGGCAGUCGCAAGGACAAGGAUGCUGGGCGGGAUGACCAGGGCCAGAACCAGAACAUGGGCGUGGAUGGCGAAGGGAAGGCCAAGAGUGUUGGCGACUGCAAGCAAAGGAAACUCUCUCCUCUUCGCCUCUCGAUCUCAAACAACCAGGAUCCUGACUUAUUUGAGGAUCUAGAAGACAAAACGUCCGUUAGCAAUGAAGUAGAGAUGGAGUCAGAGGAGCAGAUUGCAGAGAAGAGGAGGAAGAUGACACGAGAGGAGAGGAAGAUGGAGGCCAUCUUGCAAGCCUUCGCUCGCAUGGAGAAGAGGGAGAAGCGGCGGGAGCAAGCGCUAGAGCGGAUUGGGAGUGUCAAGACUGAGGUUGGCGGACGCAGUGACAUCAAGGAAGAGCCACUGGCCACUCCUGAGAUUGCAGACUCUCCUUCUGUUAUGCAGCAGCCUCUUCUGGAGGUGAAAGAGGAACCAGGAGUGAAGCCAGCCAAGGUCAAAGGAUCCCGCAACAGGAAAAGUUUUUCCAGGAACCGCACGCACAUCGGCCAGCAGCGGCGGCGAGCUCGCACCAUCAGCACGUGCUCCGACUUACCCCCGGGCAGUCCUGUGGAGCCCAUUGAGCCUCUGAGCAGUGAAGCCCCCGAGGGAGAGCCGCCAAGUGCGCCGGAGCCCGAAACAGUCUCCGCCCAGGCGCCUGACAUCAGCCCUCCACACAGCAGCUCGCCUGCGCCUGACCGAAACCGCACCGGGAGCAAGAACUUUAAAACUAAAAAGCACUUUGUCAGUGAGUGGGUGGGAGAGAAACAGCUGGAUCGUUCGGCGGCGCGCACCCCAGAGCCGGUGCCUGAGCGGCCCCUCCGGAUCAGCAGUGACCCCGAAGUACUUGCCACCCAGCUCAACGCCCUCCCGGGACUAGCCUGCUCGCCGCAGGUCUACAGCACGCCCAAACACUACGUCAGAUUCUCAUCCCCCUUCCUGGCCAACCGCAGCCCCACGACCCCUGGAGUCCCCACUGGGAGACGACGCUCCAGAGAACUGCCAGAAACGCCUACCACCACUGGCUCUUGCAAGAAGAGAUGGUUAAAGCAAGCUCUAGAAGAGGAGGGGUCCACCAGCCCGGCCAGAAGACCCAGUCUCUUCAUGCCCACUGAAGGGCCUCUCAGCCCCUCCAUCAACGGAGACUCAGACAGCCCCCUUCCCUAUAACGGCUCCUGUUCACUGCCUGAGUUGCCCACGCCUUUGAAAAAGCGACGGUUGAGUCCAUUAGAUGCCUGCAUGUCUGAGAGCUCCACCCCCUACGACUCCCCUUGUGCCACGCCCACCCGAGGCGACCAAUCGGAGACAUCUGCUCCGCCCACAGUAACGGCCACGCCGCCACGUCCCAGGAACGAUGAGACUGGCAUGGAGCAUUCGGCCAGCACCCCAACGCAAACACUUAGCACGCCACAGGAAGUAAUGUUGAAUGCAGUCAACACCCCACCCUCUGUCCCUCGUGCUUCAUUAAAUGAUGGCGUCUGCUCCUCACAGACAGAAUCUUCAACGGAAAGCUCACCAGAUGUUAGCAUGAAACCAACUUUGUUAGAGGCUGAGCGGCCCCCCACGUCUCCUUCCAUCCGGGCACCAAGCUCUGAUGUCGUCACGCCCGAAGCUAAGACUUCAGUACCUGAGAGUCUGCAGCCUCCGACUGUUGACUCGGACUUUGCGGAGGACCGGGUUGAUGUGGGGUCCGUCGAGGGCGGUUGUGAGGCACCAUCCUCUGCUGAGACAUGUGCUUCCUCCUUCUCCGGCUGGAUCAAGAGCCCAGAGAGAGGCCUGACCGUCCCUGCUGGCCUCAGCUUCUCUCCCAUCAACUCCAACCUUAGGGACCUUACCCCCUCACACACGCUGGAGCCCUUGGCUGCGCCCUUCAGGCCGGAAGCAGCGGCGGGGCCCGUCGCAGGGGCGGUCUCUCAGCCACCCUUCAGCGAGGUGCAGGGGCCACUCUUCUACCCCUGCUCCGAAGAUGCAAGCUCCGUCGGGUUCUCUCGCUCUCUCAAUGGGGACAGCACUUGCGAGGGGAUGGGGUCAGCGCAGAAUCCCCCACAGAAGAAGAAGGUGUCUCUGCUGGAAUACAGGAAGCGACAGCGUGAAGCUCGCCGUAGUGGCUCCAAGACGGAGUGCAGCUCCCCCGUGUCCACCAUGCCCCCCAUGAUCAUGGACACGUUCCCCGUUGCCACGGAGACCAGCAGUGAGACCGCAUUACCUCCACCACCUCCUCCUCCUGCAGCUCUCUGCAGCGUCAAGGAACCUCAGAUGACGACGGAGGAGGUGGAAAGCACGCGAGAGAGGGAAGGAGGAGAGGAACAAUGGACGUCAUCCACAUCCGUCGAGCAGGCUCGGGAACGAAGCUACCACAGAGCGUUGUUACUUAACAAAGACAAAGAUGCAGAUGGUGAAGCUGAUUGUGGAGAGACACCUGCACUCAGAGACUGUCCAUCCCCCGCACCCCAGAAGACCCCAACUCAUGCACCAGGCUCUCCUGGUCCUGCGCUGCCCUCCAGCUGGCCCACAAAGGAGGAAGAUGGCGACGGUCCGCCUCGAGCGACCAACCCGACCCUGCAGCCACCCAGCAAGCCCAAAUCGGCCCCGGUCACCCCUACCAAGCUGCACACAACCACCCUGCCUUCCUCGCCAGUGCACUACCCAGGACCCGCCCUCCUCCACGCCCAGUCUCAGGGCUCUCCCUACCGCAGCCAGAGGGCGCUCUUCUCGUCCCAGCCUCAAAACCAACCCACGCCACAGGCCCCUGCGCCAUCGUACCCCCAAUACAACACACAGGGCACCCCUCCACCACCCCCACCUCCUCCACCGGCACCACCGGCCUCUUCUGCCUACUUUCCCAGUCAGACUCCCUCCCCUGCGGGCCCCUUCCCUGGGUUCCAACCAACGGUCUCAGCCCCUUAUCCUUCUGGCUCCCAGCCUAUGAUGCAGACUCUCCCUCACAGCGUGCACUACCAGAGCUCGGUGGCCCCACCUCCUCCGCCACCGCCGCCGCCCCCCCACCACAUGACCAGCCCCACCUUGCUGCACGUCAACCUACAGCCCCCACCCAUCCAGCAGCACCAGCUACUGCUGACCGCCGCCCCCAAGCUGCAGCAAGGCCAGCCCCCGCAGUCUCUCACCCCUCCUCCCCCGCCACCCCCGCCACCCCCAAACCCAUCCGGCGGCACCCACCACUUUCAGAACUUGGGUGGGUUCCAGGCGGCGUUGCUUCACCCCACCGCCACUGCCAACCUCUCGGCACCCUCGUCCUCGUACCCCACCUCUCUUCAACAAGCUGGACUGCCCCCACCUCCUCCACCUCCCCCGCAACAGACUCAGCAAGGCGCGGCCUCGGCCGUGGCCUCUCAGAUGCCCACCGGCACCCGUGGAGCCCCCGCCUCCUCGACGCCCUUCCACAGUUCGGGUUACCUGAGCACAGGUUGGCAUUGAACUCAGCCUGAAGAGGAUGUAUGGGGGCCGGGGGCGUGUACCUUAAAGUGUAGAUAUGUUUUUUAUGGCCAGUGGAAAAACAGCUGAUUGUUGGAUAAAAGGGUAUUUAAAAAAAUUAAAAAAGGACUGACAUAAAAGACAAACCUUACAAGAUGGACGACCCCCCCCCGGUGCUCUUAGCGCUCUUGUCUUUUUAUACAGCCUUCCUUCCUGUCACGGGUACGGGAGGGGUUCACAGUCGUGUCUUGUUUGGGCUCCCGUUGUUCGACCCCCGCACUUUGUUUGUUUAACGGACAUUCCGGCCUGUAGCCCUCCUCUUCCUCCUCUUCUUCCUCUUCGCUUGUCUGUCGUCCUUUUUGUUUUAUUUGUUGGAGCUAGCGGCGCAAACUCAAAGCUGUUUUGUAUGGACGUGAAGAAAAAACUCAUGUUUUUUAAAAUUCCACUGUAUAACAAGAAAUAUCAAUCAGUUCACUGCUGCAGCGAUGGAGAGGGGGGCCGCCUCACCACCUCGGGAUUCCUGCGUGCGUGCGUGUGAGUGUGUGGUGGUCCUUUGAGGCUGGUCUGGCCCGCAGUUGGGACGUUAGCAGUUUAUUUUUGGAUAUCAGGCGUGACUUGUAGAAAGUGUAAUUUAAUGUAUAGGUGGUUACUCCAGCUUUCACCAGGAAACGUAAAUAUUGGCUCCGUUUUCUUUUCUACGCUUGUACAAUUUGCUCCCAUGCCCCCCCCCCGACCCUCCAUUUUUUGCAAAUAAUGGUUGUACAUACGAACGCUCUUCUUGGCAAAAGCUGAAUGUUUCUGUGACUGUAGCAUAUUUUUUUUAAUUUCAACCUUCUCUGGACUCUCGUCCUGUAUUUUUUAUUAUUAUUAUUAUUAUUUUUGUGUGUGAGUGUGUUUGUGGCGAGGGGAGGAGCUCACAGACACUGCACUGGUUGGCUAUUUUCAUGGUUCAUUAUAAUAAAUCACUGUAAUGACAGUUUUAUACGACUUGUGGUGACACUUGCUCAGCUUUUGCUUUGUUUUGAUGACUUUUUUCCCCACUUUGGGGUGUUGAAAACGUGAUCAUCGCUCAACCAAGGUAAGUCAAGGUGAACAUUUUGGACCAAUAACAAAAAGGAAAUGUUUUUUUGUUUUUUUUUAUUCAACAAUAUCAAAUUAUUCAAAUGUGAUUCUUGUUUUUAUAGCGAAAAUGUAGCAAUCCUUGGUUGUCACUGGCCGAAUACUUGUGCUUUUGGGUGACAGCAGUCAGUGUUUUCAGAGUGUUAUUAUUAUUAUUAUUAUUAUUAUUAUUACCACUGAAGUUCACCCAUUUAUGCAAGCACUAAGUUGAGGGGGACAAAAAAAACCAAAUGUGUUAAAAUAGUAAAGUUGUAUUUUAAAUAAGUUUCUUUACUUGUAGCUUUUUGCUGUAGUUGUAGUCAUGUGAUGUACAGAAUUGGCGAUAAAAACUUGAUCAUAGCUUAACCGAGAUAAGUCAAGGGCAACAUUUUGGACCGAAGGAAACUGGAGCACUCGUUCAUAAAACCCACGCAUGCAAGGGAGAACAUGCAAAGUGACGCCAACGGAGAUUCGAAUCCCGAACUUCCUGAUCUCCUGACUGGCCAAAAUGUUAACCACCAGGUGACUGUGGGGUUCAACAAUACUGCGUUAUUGAAAUGUGCUGGGAUUUAUGAAUACAGUCAGUGUUAAGUUCACCCAAUCAUUGAAUUGGGUGGCGGGGUGGGGACAAAACAUAGUCCAAAGUUUUAAAGAGGUUUAUUUAGCUUUGCGCUCAGGCUUAGGUCCUGCAUUUAUUCAUGUGGCCACAAGAGGGCAACAUUACUGCCUCCAUAUUAAUGUCAGUUGUAGUCUUGUGAUGUACAGAAUUGACAAGUAUUUUGAUUUAGGGGCAAUAAAAACGUGAUCACAGCUCAACUCCAGGUGAACAUUUUCAACCAAUCAAGAAAAGGUGAUCUGUAUUCAACUAUAUCACAUUAGUGUUAUCGCGGGGGAUAGGUUCCCAAAAUAGCCUACAAUGUAGGCUGAAGUAGCCAGCAUUUUUUUUUUUUUUUUUUUUUUUUACAAUAAUGUUUUAAGGCUGUAAAAGCCCUCAGCAUACAAUUUAUACGCUUUUCUCAGACAGGCGUUAACACGUUC